AUGGCUUCCAUCUACCAACUCAACCAACCUACCAGUCAGUUUUGGGACUUUGUCAACGGCAAUCUAGAGGACCAUCCUUUCUUUGCUCCUCGCGGCCACCGCGGACACCACGGACGUCGUGGACCUCGUGGAUGGGAUACCCCCCAGCAGAGCGAUAAUACCAACCGAGACGCCCAAGCAGGUGAAACCACUGAGCCCAACGCCGACAUGGAGAAGGACGAAACGUCAGCAUCGGACUCUGACUCCCCAGACAACAACCAUCGCUGCGACCACUGCGGAAAUGGUAAGGGCAAGUACGGUAGCCGUGGAGGUCCCGGCCACCACGGUCCAGGCCCAUUCCGUGGCAGAGGAGGCAAGGGCAGACAUGGACAUGGCCCUCACGCCGGCCCCUACGGCCACCACGGCCCUCACAGCACCAAGGAAUUCUCACAGGACUCUGAAACACCCCAAGCAGUCGGUGAGCUGGCCGACGCCUCUAAAGAGAACAUCGAAACCUCGGCAUCGGACUCUGACUCUCCUGACAACCACCGCCACCACGGCCACGGCCGCGGCGGAAAAUUCAAGAACAAGGGCCAUGGAGGUCCCGGUCACCAUGGACCAGGUCCCUUCCGCGGCAUGGGUGGUAAGGGAAGACACGGCCACGGCCCUCACGCCGGGCCUUAUGACUUCCACGGCUACGGUCAUCGCCCUCACGCCGGACCUUACGACUUCCACGGUUACGGCCACGGCCCUCACGCCGGGCCUUAUGAAUUCCACGGUUACGGCCAUGGCCACCACCACGGUGCCGGUGCCUUCGGAGGUCCUGGACGCGGUGGAAAGGGCUGGCAUGGACAUGGAUACGGACACGGUCCCCACGCUGGACCAUACGGUUUCCCCGGCCCCCACCACAACGGUGGACCCUUCGGUUUCGGGCCCCGUGGACAGGGUCACCCCCACAAAGGAGGCCGCGGCAGACACGGCGGACCUCCACCUCCUUUCGGCGGUCCAUUCGACUUCCUGCGCCAGCUCGGUGCAGGACUUGGCUUCCCUAUGAAUGCGCCUACCGCAGAGGGUGUUGACUUCACGCCCUCCGUUGACGUCUUCGAUACCCCCGCCAAAUACAUUGUCCAUGUCUCACUUCCCGGAGCUAAGAAGAGCGAUCUCAGCAUUGACUACGACGCUGAUGAGUCUGUUCUGCAUCUGUCGGGUGUUGUCUAUCGCCCCGGUGUCAAUGAGGAUUUGCACCAGGCUCUUGUAAUGGAAGAGCGGGGUCAGCACGUUGGUGUCUUUGAGCGCGAGAUCCGCCUUGGGACUCGUGUUGUCCCGGCUUUGAUUAUUGUUGAUGGCAUCUCGGCCAAGUUGGAGGAUGGUGUUUUGAAUGUUACUUUGCCGAAAAUUGUCCAGGAACCUGAGGUUGGGAAGAAGAAGGUUUUUGUGGAGGAUGGUGCCUUGGAGAAUGAGAAGGACGCCAUGGUCGUCGAUGAGAGGACUCUCACUCCGGUGGAGUCUGAAGGAAGCGAAGUUGACGAUGGUGAGACCAGAGAGUAUGUCAAGGUUCCUGUGCAGUGA